AUGGCUUUCUGGGGUUUUCUCUUCCUUGUGCUCUCACUUUCAACCCUGCAUUCCCAGUCCCAGAAGCUCUGCGAGGACCAGCCAGCCAUGGAAGCCAUUCUCAAGUCCAUCACACCAAAACUACCCGAUAAAUGGUCGUCUGGCUCCGAUUGUUGUACCUGGGGCGCAGUAGGUUGCGAGAAUGGGAAGGUGACAGCUAUCAUGAUCAAAGAGCAAAACCUCUCCGGCUCUCUCCAUCCCGACAUCAACAAGCUCACUUCUCUGCAGCGGCUCCACAUUAUGCGCAACAAUCUCACAGGCUCCUUCCCAAGCCUACAAGGCUUGUCUCAGCUUACGGAGGUUUACGCCAACGACAACAGCUUCACAUAUUUUCCGGAUAAUGAUUUCUUCUCCGGCCUCGAUUCCCUUGAAGUAUUCCGCGUCGAGAACAACCCUUUUCAGGCGUGGAAGAUUCCGGAUAGCACCAAGUUUGCCUCCAAACUGACCACUUUCACUGCGAGUAGUGCAAACAUUUCUGGGAAGAUCCCGGAUUUCUUUGACAACAUGCCUAGUUUGGUUACCUUGCAGUUAGCCUAUAACAAUCUCGAAGGUGAACUGCCUGCCAGUUUUUCAGGUUCCGGGAUCGGGACAUUAUGGUUGAACAACAACGAUAGGCUCAAUGGGACUAUCUCUGUGUUACAGAACAUGACAGGGUUGACUCAAGUUUGGCUACAUGGGAAUGAAUUCACAGGUCCUUUACCAGAUUUUUCACAGCUUACCAACUUACAGGAUUUGAAAUUGGGGUCCAACAAGCUUACGGGGAUUGUUCCUGCCUCUUUGCAAAACCUCACUUCGCUUCAGAAUGUCAGUUUGUCUAGCAAUAUGCUUCAAGGACCUAUGCCCAAUUUCACUGGCGGUGCUAUUAAUCAAGUGGAUGUGACAUCUAAUAACUUUUGCAGAAAUGAUACUACUACAUGCGAUCCCCGUGUGACUGCAUUGCUCUCCAUUGCCAAAGACAUGGGUUACCCUAGUGUUUUUGCUGAUAAUUGGAUAGGGAAUGAUCCUUGUGGGAGUAGUCAUUGGACUGGAGUUACAUGUUCAGGAAAAGGUGACAUUACUGUUCUUAAUUUUGCCAACAUGCGUCUGACGGGUACGAUUUCUUCCAGUUUUUCAUUGCUUACAUCCUUGAAUAGGUUGAUAGUUAAAGAUAAUAAUCUAACCGGUACUAUACCCCAAGAGCUCACAAGUUUACACAACCUUGAAGAACUAGAUCUAUCAAACAAUAAGCUUUAUGGUAAAGUACCUAGUUUUCGAGAAAAUGUAGUGGUAAAAUUAGGGGGAAACCCAGAUAUAGGCAAGGACAGUCCUAGUGGCACUGCUGAUGGUGGAGGUAGCAAGAAAUCCAAGACUGGUAUGAAUGUUGUAGGGGUUGUUAUGGGAGGUGUAGCUGGAGUGCUUCUACUGGUGUUACUUAGUGUAUUUCUGCUCAAGAAAAAACAGAGGGGUUCUGGUAAAGUGCAAAGUCCAAAUGCAUUGGUUAUACAUCCUCAUCACUCUGGUGAUCAAAAUGCUGUCAAAAUUACUGUUGCUAACAGGGUUAAUGGCAUUGGGAGCGAAAAUCGCAGUCCUCAUGACAUUCAUGUUGAGUCAGGGAAUAUGAUAAUUUCCAUCCAAGUUUUGAGGAGUGUGACCAAUAACUUUAAUGAAGAUAAGAUAUUGGGAAAAGGUGGUUUUGGAACUGUGUACGAAGGAGAAUUGCAUGAUGGAACAAAAAUUGCCGUGAAGAGAAUGGAAUCCGGAAUGGUAGCUGAUAAAGGCCUGCAUGAGUUCAAGUCUGAGAUUGCAGUUCUUACUAAAGUCCGACAUCGCCACUUGGUGGGACUUCUUGGAUAUUGUUUGGAUGGGAAUGAGAAGCUUCUUGUCUAUGAGCACAUGCCGCAGGGGACUCUUAGUAGACAUUUGUUCAACUGGAAAGAAGAAGGGUUGAAGCCACUUGAAUGGACUAGAAGACUGACCAUUGCCUUGGAUGUUGCCAGAGGGGUUCAAUAUCUACAUGGUUUAGCCAACGAAAUCUUCAUUCAUAGAGACCUUAAACCUUCAAAUAUUUUACUUGGAGAUGAUAUGCGGGCGAAAGUGGCAGACUUUGGAUUGGUUCGUCUUGCUCCAGCAGGGAAAGCCUCUAUUGAGACGAGACUAGCAGGAACUUUUGGUUAUUUGGCUCCAGAAUAUGCAGCAACUGGACGGAUGACUCUGAAGGUAGAUGUGUACAGCUUUGGAGUAAUAUUAAUGGAGUUGAUCACGGGUAGAAAGGCAAUUGAUGAAAGCCAGCCUGGGGAGAGUUGUCACCUAGUGACAUGGUUUCGUAGAAAGCUCAUUAAGACAGAAGCAUUCCCAGAGAUAGUUGAUCCAAGAAUUAGUGUCAAUGAGGAAACAAUUUCUAGUAUUUGCACAGUUGCUGAGCUUGCUGGUCAUUGCAGCGCAAGGGAGCCGUACCAAAGGCCUGACAUAGGUCAUGCAGUCAAUGUGCUUUCAUCGCUUGUUGAGCAGUGGAAGCCAUCUAAGCAAGAAGAUUUUGAUGAGAUGGAUGCAAUCAACUUUGAUGUGCCGUUAAAUGAAGCGGUAAAGAUGUGGAAGGCUGCUGAGGGAAAAAGCAACAUCGAUGAUUCUUCAUCCUCAUCUAUAUUUCCUAGUGGGGACUCUACCCAGACCAGCAUUCCUAAUCGGCCUUCUGGAUUUGCAGAGUCGUUUACAUCAUCAGAUGGGCGGUAA